AUGACUAUGCCAAAGUUUGAGCUCAUCGGGAUUGAAGCGAAUAAAAAUGGUUGGGGACCUGUUUCCACCGGCGCGUCUACUGAUUCUGUUGUUCCUUUCCAGCAGUUCAACAAGGUUCAAAAUUUUAAUUCUUUUAAAUGUUGAAAGCUUAUGAAAAACCAAUAUUUUUAGGCAGACCGAAUUGGGCGAGUUGCCGACUGGAUAGGAAUCGACCGUUUUUAUCGUCGAGUGAACGAUAGGUUUUCUUUUCACUUUAGAUGAAGUAUUUCUCAAAAAAAAAAAAAAGGAUUUCGAGCACGUUCAGUUUUAAUCUACGUCUUAGAUACAACGAGCGCAUGUAUGGUUCUGCAGCAAAUGCGGGUUCGCAAUUCGAUUACGUGCAUGGAAUGGACGACAACAACUUUCAGCUUGUAAUUUUUCUCUCGGAAACUUUUUCGGAAAAAAAAAUAAUAAAAAACCUGUAAUAUUUAGGUGGACUCUUCGAGACCUGUCCAACGCGGCACUCAGCGCAACUACCGAGCUCGCCAGCUUCAAAUCCGAAAGCUGAUGCAAAAGGAACAGGAACGUCGUGAACAGGCUAAUCAAGCCCAGAAUCUAAAGAUGAAGCGAAGCAUUGCGAAGUGAGAGAGAUACAGGGGCGAAGAAAUUUGCAAUUUUUUUCAGAGAGCAACAGCGAGCUUUCAAAAUGUGGCAGCGUCGUGGUGGAAAUGCGCGCCAAGGGCCGCGAGGAGGUCGUGGAUUUGGGAAUGAACGUCCCAAGGUAGCACCUAUAUCCCUUUUUCAUUGAUUGUUAAUACUGUUUUCAGGAACGUCUUCCAUCUGUUGCUGUCCGUCCAGAAUGGGUUGUCAUUGAAGAAAUGGAUUUCCCACGCUUGUCGAAACUUUCCCUCCCUGGAAUCAACAAUGGAGAAGAUGUCAAUGAUCAUCAAUACGGCACAUUACAAUUCUACGACAAGGUUUUUUACAAUGCUAAUUCUUGUGAGAAAUUAAAAUUUUUCAGGGUGUAGAUAGAAUAUCGGUCAAAAAUUCUGCAGCUCUUCAAAAGUGCGCGGGCUUGUUCUACAACAUUACCACAACUGAAGACCCAAUCAUUGAAGAGCUGGCCCAGAAAGGAGUCGGAAACGUGUUUGCUACGGACAUUAUUCUGGCUACGCUGAUGGCUUGUCCACGUUCGGUAAUUUUUUUUUCUAUCUACAAAAGAGAUAAAUUAUCAGUUCGAAAAUUAGUUUUAGGUUUAUUCGUGGGACAUAAUUGCUCACCGUGUCGGUGACAAGCUGUUUUUCGACAAACGUGAUACGGGCGGUUUUUCGAAUCCUGUCGACACGCUGACAGUCUCCGAGACGAGCAGCGAUCCUCCGUCGUUCGAGGGCGGAGGCAUAAACAAUUCUAAAGUUUCAUAUUCUGUUCACAAUCUGUAAACUAGACUUGUAAAUUCAGGACCUUGCCACGGAAGCCUUUUACAUUAACCAAAACUUUCGACGUCAAGUUGUGAAGCGCAACGAGGAAAGCCUUAAAAUGAAGCACGCCUCGGCUCCUUUCGAAGAACAGGACGCUGGAGAAUCGGGAACAACUUACAAGUAUUCUCAUUUACGGUUUAAUGAUAUGAAUCUCACUUAUUCACAAGGUAUCGCAAGUGGAAUUUGGGGGUCGGCUCGAAUGGAAAGCCGGUUGAACUAGUGUGCCGCACCGAGUUGGACGGCGUUAUGGUAUCGAGUGAAAAAAAGACAUUUGACCGAUUUUAACAGUUGGGUCCACAUGGAGAACAGCAAACCCUGACCAUCAAGGCAUUCAACGAAUGGGACAGCUCACAGUCGGGAGGUGUCGACUGGAGGUUUGAAUAAACCAUGUGUGAUCGCCGAGUCAAACUCAACUCUGUUUAGAACCAAACUCGACGUUCAAAAGGGUGCCGUUCUGGCGACGGAAAUCAAGAACAAUAGUUGUAAAGUUGCCAAAUGGACCAUUCAGGUUUAGGUGAAGAUCUAUGAAAUUUCAAAAUUGAAAUUUUCCAGGCACUGCUUUCGGGCUCAGAUGCAAUGAAGCUUGGUUAUGUGUCGCGAGCAUCCGUCCGCAACACGGCUCAGCAUGUGAUUCUUGGAACUCAGCUGGUCAAGCCAGGCGAAUUCGCCAACAACAUUGCGUUGAACCUCGACAAUGCGUGGGGUAUUCUGCGCUGCAUCAUCGAUAGGUGAGCUGUCUUCAAUAUAUGGAGCACACUAUCGAAGCUGGCCAUACGCGAUAUAGCAAAAACUUCUUCCUGCGACCUAGUUAGAGUCUCGCUGCCAUAUCGCUAUUCUCAUAAAUUUGGGAUUUGAAAAACAAUUUUUCAGCUUUUUUUUUUUGACUUUUAUGAUGAAACCACAGUGAUGGAAGAGCGAUAUAGCGCAAGAAAUUUUUGAGAUAGCAGCGAUAAGUCGAGUUUGAUUUCAACUAUCGAGAAUUGUCAACUUACAGCUGUAUGAAGCAGCCGCCUGGGAAGUACCUUCUUAUGAAGGAUCCUCAGUCGCCUGUGGUACGACUUUACUCUCUCCCUGAAGGCACUUUCGAAAGUGAUCAUGAUAGCAGCGAAAACGAGUCUGAUGAAGACUGA